AUGAGUGAUUACCCAGUGAGCCGCCUGAAUGACCUCCCGAUUGGACACCUCAUCAGCCGCGUCAGGGGAGAACCCCCUCCAUCACAAAAUCUCCACAUCAGUGGUGGCACCCAUAGCGGCAUCGACGGUGACACUAGUGCCCAGGGACACAACCAACCCGGGGACACCUACGGAAAGAGCCUAUUCUGCGAGCUCUCGGAGGCCCUGCGAAACGAUUCUACACAGACAAAUGAAAAGAGCAACAUAAGCAUUUGCCUAAAGGCAGAGGAAGAGGAACUUCAAAUCAGCAUGAACGAAACGACAGUGCGUCAGUUGAGCAUUCAGAAGGACAGCUCGAAGAGGUCUAUCGAUUUGAUUAACUUGGCGAAGGAUUUAAAGGCCAAAUCCAAGGGGAGCGUCGAAAUGGGCAAGGAAAAAAAGGGCUCCAAGACAGUGUCCACUUUGAGGAGCUCCAGGAAGGGGAGGCAGCAGGGGAAGCAUCAAGGGACUAAUCUGCGCGUCAAGGCGAAGGGGAAAAGACUGGCCAUCGGUAGGGGAAGCGACCAGGUUAGCGGUAUGGGUAGCGUUAGAGGUAGCGGUAUCAGUAGAGGGAGCGGACAUGGUAAGCGCAGUGGCGACUCCAACGUUGUGAAGGCGAAGGAGAAGGUCAGGAAAAAGGACGCGGCGAGUGGUGGAAGGACAAAAUUAGUUGCCCCCCCAGAGGUGAAGCGGCCAAGCAGGAGGGGCAAGGCGGAGGAGCCGGUGGGGAGAAAGGACCCAAGGAAAGGGGUAGCGAAGCUGGACAAAAGGAAGGUAAAAAAGGGGGCAAAAAAGGAGGUUAAAAAGGUGGUCCAAAAAGGGGUAAAAAAGGAGGCAAAAAUGGAGGCAAAAAAGGAGGCAAAAAUGGAGGCAAAAAAGGAGGCAAAAAUGGAGGCAAAAAAGGAGGCAAAAAUGGAGGCAAAAAUGGAGGCAAAAAUGGAGGCAAAAAUGGAGGCAAAAAUGGAGGCAAAAAAAGAGGCAAAAAAGGAGGUAAAAAAUGAGGCAAAAAAGGAGGCCACAAAAGAGGAUGGACAAAAAGCCGAUAAGACGACGAAGGAGAAAAGGAAGAACCUAGAGGAGUCGAACCAGAUGAGCAGAGAGGCAGAGAACAAGAUGACCGUAGAGGAGGCGAUCAAAAUAAACGCAGAGGAGGUUACCAAAAUGAGCGCAGAGGAGGAGACCGUCGCGAAGGAAAACGGAGAAGGGGGAGAGGAGAAGACGAACGCGGAGGAGGUGGAAGAGAUGGAAAAGGUGACAGAAAAGGGGGCAGAAAAAGGGACCGAAAAAGAGGCCGAAAAAGGGACAGAAAAGGAGCCAGAAAAAAUCUUAGAGACAAUGAAAGAGCCAGGAGGGGAGAAAACCCCAGAGGAAGGGGCCCAACAGGAAGAAGCGAAUGAACUGCAAGUGGCGUCUCCGAAGGAAGAGGGAAGUGCAAAUGUUGCAGAUGUCAACGAUGGGCAGCACACGGGAGAGGAAACCAAAGCGGUGGGAAAGUACCCAGAAAAGGAAGCUGUGGGGGGGAAAGCAGACGAUAAGGAAAGGAUAGCAGCGAAGAAGAAAAUGAAAGCCAGGCCAGGGGCGAAGGCACGGCAGAAGGAAAAGGGGGUUCGAGGGCAUACUAGGGAUGAGCACGCUGCGGGUGAACAUACUGCGGAUGAGCAUGCUGCGGGUGAGCAUACUGCGGGUGAGCAUACUGCGGGUGAGCAUACUGCGGGUGAGCAUACUGCGGGUGAGCAUACUGCGGGUGAACAUACUGCGGAUGGGGGAGAAGGCGCUAAACGGGGUGUCGACCCAAGGGGGGAGAAAGCAUCAACCCAGUCGUCCGUGGAGAAGCGAAGCGUGAAAAGUAAACACAGCGAAGUGGAUAGCAUCCUGCAGAGGUACGUGCACUUGAAGGAGGAAGAAGCCGCCGCGAAGAGGAACUCCACAUGGGAUGAUGUCCCAGAUGAAUUGCUAAGUGUAGAGGGAAGGAGAUUCAAAAUUGACAUCAUUAAUUUUGUAGGGAAUAUAAGAGCAGGGGAAGAGCCCAUUCACGAAGACAUUCUCUUCUUCUUCGAUUCGUAUGAAAAAAAAUUAAAAAAAAAAAAAAAAAAAAAAAACGUACUAUCCCUUAUUAGGAGGCUAUUCAAAUGUGAGCACUUUGAGUUAGAUGGCAUCAGAUUAGUCCUACAGAUUUUAGACAAAAUUGCAGCCAAGCUGAUGAAGGAGAUAAGGCUAGAGCAAAUCGUGAGGUGCUUCUCCCAGAUGAUACAGCCAACAAGUGAAGGGCCUGCAGCUGGGAAGGGGACACUUGCUCAAGGGAAGAGCAACGAUGCUGGUGGUGGCCCCCAUUCAGCAGAGCACACAAAUGGAUUUGCUCCAGAUGAGAGGCACCUGAACAAGCACAGAAAUAAAUUAUAUGGCAUCAUCUUCAGCUCGAGGAGGGGACAGGGGGUUAAUCCUUCCACCCUCUACUACAUUCAACAGUGGAACAACAAUGCCAUGCUGAUCAUGCUGAGGGAUAAAUUGGAGGAAAUCCAACGGAGGAAGAUGAUGAUGAUGCCACUGAGGAGCGCCACCCCUCUGUCAUGCUUGAAACUGUUAAGGCGUAAAGUUAUGUGCAACUUGCUUAACGCCUGUUGCGUUCCUAGCCGUGAUGAGUAUUAUGGUGGGGAGUUUUUCCUGCCCCUUCCGCCGCUCCCCCCGCGGCGAGCGCUGCGCAAUGAGGGGGGCGACUACUUCGUGAAGGUCGGCGGCGCGAUUCGCGUGCUGGCCUCCAAGUAG